UGUGUGCCUAAGGCGUCGCCCCAGACCGACAGUGCUGAGAAAACCUUGUUUGGAUUGGAUCCUUCCUGGACUCACUCCAGCAGCUUGUUAAAACAUGGUGGAUUACUAUGAGGUUCUAGGCGUGCAGAGACAUGCCUCAGCCGAGGAUAUUAAAAAGGCGUACCGGAAACUGGCACUGAAGUGGCACCCAGAUAAAAACCCGGAGAAUAAAGAAGAGGCAGAGAGAAAGUUCAAACAAGUAGCUGAGGCGUAUGAGGUGUUAUCAGAUGCCAAAAAACGGGACAUCUACGACAGAUACGGCAAAGAAGGGUUAAAUGGAGGUGGAGGAGGGAUUCAUUUCGACAAUCCGUUUGACUUCGGCUUCACAUUCCGUAACCCAGAUGACGUCUUCAGGGAAUUUUUUGGUGGAAGGGACCCGUUUUCAUUUGACUUCUUUGACCCAUUCGAGGAAUUUUUUGGCAGUCGAAGAGGCCCCCGUGGAAGCAGGAACCGGAGCACAGGGUCGUUUUUCUCCGCCUUCAGUGGAUUUCCGUCUUUCGGAGGAGGGUUUCCGGCUUUUGAUUCAGGAUUUACUUCCUUCGCAUCACCAGGUCACGGGGGCCUCACUUCAUUCUCCUCCGCGGCAUUCGGUGGUAGUGGGAUGGGCAACUUCAAGUCUAUAUCGACUUCUACUAAAAUGGUCAACGGCAGAAAAAUCACUACAAAGAGAAUUGUGGAGAACGGUGAAGAGAGAGUAGAAGUUGAAGAGAACGGCCAGUUAAAGUCCUUAACGAUAAAUGGUGUGGCCGACGAGAACGCGCUCCUGGAGGAGUGCCGGCGCAGAGGCCAGAGCGCGCUGCCCUCCCAGCCCGCCAGCACCAGCGGCCCGUCGCUGAGGUCUCACAGGCCGGCCUCCCUGCCCAAACCCGAGUCUCAGCACAUGCGUGAAGAGGAGGACGAGCCAAGCAGACAGCAGGCUACCAGCAGCCCCUGGGACCCCUCCGUGCUCUCUGCAGGUGUGCAAAGGGAAACCAAAGCGGAGCUUCCCUGCGGGGACGCUGCCCCUCCCUCCCGAGACCAGAGAGGACCGAAAUCGCUCCUGUGCUGUUGUGUCCUGACCUGAGCGCGGUGGGGCUGGGCGGGGGGCGCGCCAGCGGCUGCUCAGAGCGCAGCGGUGGGAGGAGGCCUCUUGCUCUCAGCUCCCCUCCUGUGAGAUUCCCCCAAUUAAAACGGGGUGCCCGUCUUCCACAAUGCUAUGGAGUGUGUUGUCUUGGGCAGAGGAUGACAGGUGCUGCUUUUACCUUAAAUGUCCCUUUUUGUCACUUUGCACUUAGUGCUUGAGCUCGAGCCGCUCACGCAACCUGCGGCACCCCACGGCCUUGGUGCUGGGAUGUCUUGCAUUUGCUUCCUCACCCUGUUCCUCCCCCUGCGCUUGGUUACAGAGAGCAGAGUACCCGGCUGGCCCUCCUGUCACCCUGCCUCCCCGGGGGAGCAUCUCGGGCCCGCCCUGGACGCACUGGGCGUUCACGACCUGUGUCCCCAGAGCCCGGCUCUGCCUUCCUCCAGCUUCUCGGCUUGUAAUCUCUCGCAGAGCCCCAGUGAGGCUUUGAAGCGAGCUCCCGUAGAAGGUCCCGGGUUAUUUCCGAGGAGACAGCUGUUCGGUGGCUUUGACCUGUGUUCUGAAGUCCCGGGUCAGGGGGUUUGAGUUCUUCGUCAGUGUGAUGCAUCUGUGCCCAUCUUAGUUGUCACCACGGGGAGCAGCACGGUGACCGUUGUGUGCUGUGUGGUAGGGGAAGACACGCGUCCUCGGUCCCCUGUGUUAGGGUGACGUGACGGUGCGUGCGAGGCUCAGUGUGGGCCUCCGCAGAACACACCGUCGCGGCUGUCCCCUUCCUGCCCCAGAACUUUCUGUCGGACAGGUGGCCCCUCGCAGCCCCUCCUGGUCCUCCUCAGGGUUUUGUGGAGGACGGAAGGAAGGUGCCCCUGCCUGACCAUGGGUGUCCUGGGGCUUCGGACCGCAGCGGCGUGUACGCGGGGCUGGGGCCACGUGGCUCCCAGUCCGCCCAGGACGGCACUAGCACAAGCCGGUUGUCCCUCGGGAGACGUUAGCCUUUUCCUGCGCCAUUGAGUGACAGAUGGAGGGAGUCGGGAGGGCCGCGUGAAUUCAGAAAGAGCUCAUUCUGCCGCGAAUGGGCGUGUGGACAUUUUCCUGGAUCGAUUGUCCGCUCCUGGUACCGCGCAGCCUUUGGGCGGGGCAGGCUUGCCGAUCCUGCCUGAACGAGUCGCUGCUAGGACGGGGUUUAGGGAGUCCUGUCUGUCUGGUUGGAAGGACGCCAUAAGCCGGGCCCCGUCCCCAAGAAUAAGGAGUGCGGAGAUGGGCCCCCUGGCGGUCUAACUCGCCACCCAGCCAGGCUCCCGCGGCAGGACGGGGGCUGUGCUGCCACCGCAGAGCCGGCCCAAGCGGCAUCCCCUGAGUUGAGAGCGAGGCCCUUGCAGCCCGGCGAGACUGCUUGUUUGCCCUAGCACGAGUGCGGAAGGAACGAGCCUGCUGGAGAGUCCUGGGCUCACGGGUUUUUGAUUCUUCUCCCUGAAAUCUCAUGGUUUUGUCGGUUGGUACCAUCAGGCCCCCUCUAAGCACUGAUUUGACCCUGGCACAAGUCUCAGACCCGAGAGGCCAGGGACGGACUCCCAUCGUGUCCAGUCCCUUCUCCUUGGCUGUGGAGAGACCUGGGGGCUUGCCUUGUACUCCCAGACUGCAACCCCUCCCUGGUGGGGUGGCGGCAGCCAGAGCACCUUCCGGGGGUGGGGGGGUGGCUUCUGAUGCUGUUGAAUCAUCGUGAGUAAUGGGGUCUUGAAAAG